UUGUGAGUGCGCAUGCGCUACAAAUAUUUGCGCUGCAGAGCAGGUCUUUCUUCCUCACCCCCCCAAAAAACAUUUCAUCUGCUGGUUGAGUGUAAGUUUAUGGCCAGAUACAUGAGGCCCCCAAACACGUCUUUGUUCGUCAGAAACAUCUCCGAUGAAUCCAGGCCUGAGGAUUUGCGGCGUGAGUUUGGCCGCUAUGGGCCGAUAGUAGAUGUCUACAUCCCACUUGACUUCUAUACACGCCAAUCAAGAGGAUUUGCAUACAUUCAGUUUGAGGAUGUGCGUGAUGCAGAGGAUGCUCUUCACAGCCUGGACAGGAAGUGGGUUUGCGGUCGGCAAAUUGAAAUCCAGUUUGCCCAGGGUGACCGAAAGACACCAAAUCAGAUGAAGUCAAAGGAAAGGCGUUCUCCAGGCAGAUCCUCUCGAUAUGAUGACUAUGAUCGAGACAGCCGGCGCAGACGUUCACGCAGCCGCAGCUACGAGCGAUACAGAUCACGCAGUCCUUCUUAUGAUCGGCAUCGCAGGCGAUCUGAUAGCCCUAGAGACUCUGGGCGGAUGUAUGGAAGAGGAAGAAGCAGGAGCCGUGAGGGUGACAGAUACAGGCAGAGGCCCCGGAGAGAGUCUCGAGGGAGAUCGCGCUCACGAUCCAAAUCCGCAUCUCCACGAGAGAGUGUCAACCCAGCGUCGACCUCCCACUACACUGAAGAAGAAGUGCGACGUACACACUCCCCAUCCCGCUCCAGGUCCAGGUCCGCAUCAAGAUCACGCUCUCGUUCGCGUUCUCGGUCCCGAUCCUGGGCUGGGCGCAAGUCAGGAGGACGCUAGAUGAGUACCUGCUCCCCGCUCCUAUCCGUCAUUAUGUCAGAUGCACCAGAGUUGGUUCAUUUGUUAAGAAAUGUUUGUUUUGACAUGAAUGUAACGUCCACUGAACCAUUUGUAGAAAGCUUGUUUUUGCGGCUCCAUUUUAAGAACAAUGCUCGUACUUUGCUCGGUUUUAUAAAACUGUAUUGGUGAGAUUCCCUGAUAGAAAUAUGAAACAGCGGUUUCUGUGUUCAGUGGUAGUCGGCCAGGAAUAAUUGUCUUUUUUAUAUGCGGUUACUGAUGAUUUUGUUUUCUAAACCCUAUGCACCCAUUUUUGCAAAAAAAAAAAAAAAAGAGAGAACAUUCAGUAUUUUAAAAUGAAUCCAG